CGGGAAUGGAACAUCGAGCCCCUUGGGAGGCACCGAGCUCUGUCGGCUCGUUUCCGGCGGUCGCGCGCUCUUUUCUCGGGACGGUGGAGGCUGUGCAGCGUCGCCGUUAGUCUGAGCAAAGAACUGUCGGCUCUGGAAGUCGAGGUUAGAGAGGACUGGGAAGCACUUGCUGUGUUCAAUCGAAGUGCAGGGUGUGAAAAUGCAGAGCAAUAAAACCUUUAACUUGGAGAAGCAGAAUCAUACUCCAAGAAAGCAUCAGCAUCACCACCAGCAGCACCACCAGCAGCAGCCACCACCACCACCAAUACCUGCAAAUGGGCAACAGGCCAGCAGCCAAAAUGAAGGCUUGACUAUUGACCUGAAGAAUUUUAGGAAACCAGGAGAGAAGACCUUUACUCAACGUAGUCGUCUCUUUGUGGGCAAUCUUCCCCCUGACAUCACUGAGGAGGAAAUGAGGAAACUUUUUGAGAAAUAUGGAAAAGCAGGCGAAGUUUUCAUUCAUAAGGAUAAAGGCUUUGGCUUUAUCCGCUUGGAAACACGAACCCUAGCGGAAAUUGCCAAAGUGGAGUUGGACAAUAUGCCACUCCGUGGAAAACAGCUGCGUGUGCGCUUUGCCUGCCACAGCGCAUCCCUUACAGUUCGCAACCUUCCUCAGUACGUGUCCAACGAACUGUUGGAAGAAGCCUUUUCUGUGUUUGGCCAGGUGGAAAGGGCCGUAGUCAUUGUGGAUGACCGAGGAAGGCCCUCAGGAAAAGGCAUUGUUGAGUUCUCAGGGAAGCCAGCUGCUCGGAAAGCUCUAGACAGGUGCAGUGAAGGCUCCUUUUUGCUAACCACAUUUCCUCGGCCUGUUACUGUGGAGCCCAUGGACCAGUUAGAUGAUGAAGAGGGACUUCCAGAGAAGCUGGUUAUAAAAAACCAGCAAUUUCAUAAGGAACGAGAGCAGCCACCCAGAUUUGCACAACCUGGCUCCUUUGAGUAUGAGUACGCCAUGCGCUGGAAGGCACUCAUUGAGAUGGAGAAGCAGCAGCAGGACCAAGUGGAUCGAAACAUCAAGGAGGCUCGUGAAAAGCUGGAGAUGGAGAUGGAGGCAGCUCGCCAUGAGCAUCAGGUCAUGCUAAUGAGGCAGGAUUUGAUGAGGCGCCAAGAAGAACUUCGGAGAAUGGAAGAACUGCACAACCAAGAGGUUCAAAAACGAAAGCAGCUAGAGCUCAGGCAGGAGGAGGAGCGCAGGCGCCGUGAAGAAGAAAUGCGGCGGCAACAAGAAGAGAUGAUGCGGCGACAGCAGGAGGGAUUCAAAGGAACCUUCCCUGAUGCGAGAGAGCAAGAGAUACGGAUGGGCCAAAUGGCUAUGGGAGGUGCUAUGGGCAUAAACAAUAGAGGUGCCAUGCCCCCUGCUCCUGUGCCAGCUGGUACCCCAGCUCCUCCAGGACCUGCCACUAUGAUGCCAGAUGGAACCUUGGGAUUGACCCCACCAACAACUGAACGUUUUGGCCAGGCUGCUACAAUGGAAGGAAUUGGAGCAAUUGGUGGAACUCCUCCUGCAUUCAACCGUGCAGCUCCUGGAGCUGAAUUUGCUCCAAACAAACGCCGCCGCUACUAAUAAAGUUGCAGUGUCUAGUUUCCCACAACCCUUAAAAAGGACCCUUUUUGGACUAGCCAGAAUUCUACCCUGGAAAUGUAUUAGGGAUUCCUCCCGAUAGUUAGGUCUUCCCUGCCUGUACUACUCUAAGGGAGUAUGCUUGGAGGCAGAGGGCAAGGGAGGGGUGGUAUUUAACAAAUCAAAUUCUGUGAUAUGUUGCUUUCAAGUCUGUGUGGUGCAUUCCUAAAGUAUCACGUGAUUUUUGAGGAUUUGGGGAAUCGGCAAAAUGGACUCCCAGUGCCCUAUUAAUCUUGAUCAUUCCGGUUUGUUUGUUUGCCCCCCCCCCAUUGUGUUUUGGUUGCUUUCUCAUCCUUAUUCCUCUCAACCCUAGAGACACUGCCAUAUACCACAUAAACCAAACAUCCCCCAAUGACCUAGUCCCCCAUUCCUCCAUUUGCUCCCAGGCGAGAAUUCAGACAUGUCCACAGAGGUUACAGCAUAUGUACGGUUCUGUUCUAUCUCAUAUAUUACCCCUUAAUGUCCUAAGGAAGACAUUUUCUCUUAGAGAUUUUCAGUUUAGUAUAUCUAAAAAAAAAUCUUGUGUUAACUUGCCUCCAUCUUUUUCUUGGUUAAGAACCACCUAAGAAUGAAUUUUUGUGUCUUGAUGUUGCUGUUCACAGCUUUUCUUAAUAGGCCCAGUACAAUCUUGGGAACAGGGUUGCUGUAUGCUAAAGGUCUGACAGUAGCUCUUAGCCUUGCCUAUCUUAGGUAGUUACGCCGUGCUUUUUUUUUUUAAUGGUGUACCAUGUUUGAUUUGUUCCUGAUACCUUAAAUUUGGAAUUUUUUUCUGAGAAAUGGAGCAGUAAUGCAGCAUCAACUUAUUAAAAUACAUUUUAAGCCUUUUAA